AUGUCACACCACAUCAAACCUUCUGGGAUCCUCGGCCGGCGCAAUCCCUGCUGCAUCAAGCAAUCCGUUUGGGCCUCGGGCCAAGGGGAGGGACGGAGGGGUGGGCCAGAUACGGGUCAUCAUGAUGCGACCGCUGGCCCGCGGGUCCGCGGGCGAACGGUUGGCCUGGUUGGCCCGACCAGAUGCGUUAGUCCUGUGCUGGUUCCAGACUCUAACUCUGCGACGCUGGCCGUGCACCGGUUGUUCGUGUUACGCUUGGCCACGGCAUUCGUUCAUGGUGAGGGGAAGACGAUCACCUGA